AUGUUUACAAACUUGAUACUCGUGUUGUUUUUGUGUUGGGGUGUUCAAAGUUUCCCGGAUGGGGCACCAAUUGACACAUGUGUUAAAGAUCGAGCUAAUCAACCAAAUCAUAGCCAACACAGAACACAACCCUUGUCCUCUUUACCGUACAGAGUGAUAGCUUCAUCCACAUAUUAUGAACCAAACUCGCCAGUUACAGUAACAAUAGAUGGCAGUGAACCAUUCAAGGGGUUCUUCCUACAAGCGAGAUCCUUUGAGAACAACAACUGGAUUGGAGCGUGGGAACCGGCGCCCAACACGACCAUACACCCGGAGUGUGCGUCUAUAACACACGCGGACCCGGAGUUCAAAUCACGGGCCACGCUUUUGUGGAGAGCACCACCAAAUGCACAUGGCAAGGUUUAUUUUACCGGCACGGUUCUCAAGAACUACGGAACGUUUUGGUCUAACCUCGUCGCUGAGGCACCACAGGAUCAAACGCAGCUUCAAAUACUUGGCUGA